GUGUUUGGAGAGACACACACUUGAGUCCAAAAGAACAAGAAAAUUUUUAGAUAUCCAAGUAAUAAUAAUGGAAGCUGUGGCACAGAAACUGGAGCAGCCUUUAAUGGUGAAUGAUUAUCAUCGAAAGGAAGUGGUGUUUGGAGAUGAAAAGGCUCAAUCGCAGUUUACUAUUAACACUAAUCUUAUUACUGCUGCUGAUGAACUUCAUGCCGGUUCUGCGACUGAUUACAACACAAACGACUUUGGUCCAAUAUUAAUACAAGAGGUUCUCAAAGGAACAUACCACCACCACCAAGAUGAGAAGGGUAUUUCUGGAACAAAGGAAAAAAAUUGGUUACCAUUUCUGAUUCUUCUUCUUCUUCUCAUGAAGUGAAUAAUCCCCAGAAAGCAUUGGAAGAAGAAGAACCAAUAGGGGUAGUAAUUUCAACGACGGAAGAAAUAAGAGAAAUAUAUCUGAAGAAGAUAUAUAUUAUGCCACCAAACCAUGAAUUCUAUUGCCCUAAUUGUAACGUUUGCAUUGAAAAAGUGGUUUUA